CCCCCCUCCUCCCCACUCCCCCCGCUCGGGGAGCCUCCUCAGCCGGAGGAGGCGACAACAAAGCGGCGGCGGCGGCGGCGGCAGCGGCAGCGGCGGCUCCUCAACAUGGCAGCGCCGAGCGCGGCCACUUCCGGUAACCUCCGGGACGCACCACCGCGGCGGCGAGCGCGGGCGGGGGGGGAGCCCCGGCCCGGCCGCCGCCGCCCCCAGUUGCCCGGACCCCCUCUGGGCGUCCGCGCUGCCGGCCCGCCGCCUCGGAGCUCAGCCAGUGCCCGCCGGCUGUGGGGUCAGGGCCCCCGCGGGGGGGCUGGGGUGGGGCCGGGGGCGGGGAUGGGGCGCGGCGUCCCCCCCCGCGGGGGUGUGUGGUGCUGCGGUCCGUGGCUCAGGCAGCUGGAGCAGGGGGAGCUCAGGAGAGAAGAUGGAGGACGCCAGGGUCUGGCGCUGGCCCGCUGGGCACAGCUGGGUCGCCUCUCGUGACUCGGACUCAGUGCCCAGCAGCGCCGCGUCCGUGUGAGAACCUCAGCAGAGGGCACCGAGGCGGCGGCCGCCUGGCUCUUGUCACUCCUGCACAGCACAGCCCCCGCCUCCAGAUUGGGACGCUCGCUUCCAGCCUCUCCCCUCUAGCAUUUCAUUCCCGGCCCGCUAAGCCCUCAGCGCUCUUGCUGAUACGCCAUCGCCCUCAGGUCGGCCUUCCAAGUCGAGCAGGGAAUCCCACUGGGGUGCAGCCUCAGAUCCUCCCAGUGUGGAGGGAAACACUUCCCACGCUUAGAGAUGUCAUUACUAGGUUAUAUUUGGGUGAAGGGCUGAGCUUUCCACCCUCCUCUUCACUCCAGAUAGGAUGUGAAAUUCUACCCGAAAACCCCUCCUCUCCCGCCAAAAAAAAAGACAAAAACAAAUAAAGUAUAGAUAUGAAAUUAUUUUAGUCCUUUAGUACA